AUGGAAUUCGCUGUGGCACCAAACAAUCAUGUCCGCCUCCCUGCCGCCAGACGUGAGUCCAAGCGCCGAUAAAGACGCGAGUACCGUCAUGGAUACGGAGCCUGCUGUCGAAAAUGGGGAAGAGAAAACACCCGAACCGCAACUGGAAACUCUGGACACUUUCAAAAAACCAGAUAUUUUCAAAGCACCUGCUGUGGCGGGCAAACGGAGCUGCAACGUCGCUCCGUCCGAAGCGGAACCGUGCGGCGACAGUCAAGCGAUAACGGCUCCAAACGAACAGGUCAAACCUCCUAAAACGGAACCUGACGAGAGCAAAAGUAAAGUCGCUUCCGCUCCUCCUGUCAAGCCCAAAGUGUUGCCGUCCAAAGCGCCACUGGCUGGUAAGUUUCCUCCUCUUCCCUACUCGGAACCCGCCUGGGGUGGAGCGGCACCGGACCUCAGCUACUCCCUCGAAAUCCUGAAGAAUGGCACCAUCAUCAACACUAUCCCCCUCGAUGUGAAGAGCUUCUUCGUAGUGGGUCGCUUGCCGGUGUGUGACAUGCCUCUGGAGCAUCCCUCCAUCUCCAGAUACCACGCUGUGAUCCAGUACCGGAGCCAGGCUGGAGAGACGGAGAACAUGGGGGAAGAGCGGGGCUUCUAUGUCCACGACCUGGGCAGCACUCACGGCACUGUGGUCAACAAGAACAAGAUCCCACCCAAGACUUACAUUAGGAUCAAAGUGGGUCACGUCUUGAAGUUCGGAGGCAGCACCCGACUCUUUAUACUGCAGGGUCCAGAAUUCGAUGAGGAGGAGGAGUCUGAGUUGACGGUGACGGAGCUGAGGGAGCGAGCGCAGAAACAAAAGGCCGAGCUGGAGAAGAGGAUGAUGGGAGAGAACUCUGAUGAUGAGGAGGAGGAGGAGGAGGAAAAGGAGGGCGACGGGGAAAGCAUGAAAGGCCAGAGCAAAGUCUCCUCAGAGGAUUCUGGGUGUUCAUGGGGAAUGGCUGAGGAAGCGUUCCCUGAGGAGGAUGAGAACGCUGAAAACCCCUUUUCAACCGAGUUCCAUGAAGACCAGGAAGCUGCCUACCUGAAGGACCCGAAGAAGGCGCUGCAGGGUUUCUAUGACAGAGAAGGGGAGGAGCUGGAGUUUGAGUAUGAGGACAAGAAUCACGGCACGUGGCUCUGCAGGAUAAAGCUGCCGGUGGACGACGCCCUGGGCCGACAGCUGGUCGCAGAAGUGACGCACACGGGGAAGAAGAAGGAGGCAGCGGUGCAGUGCUGCCUGGAGGCCUGUCGCAUGCUGGAGGCCCGGGGGCUGCUGCGCCAGGAAGCAGUUUCACGAAAGCGCAAAAAGAAAAACUGGGAGGACGAGGACUUCUACGACAGUGACGACGAUACGUUUUUGGACCGGACCGGAACCGUAGAGAAGAAGCGGAAGGAGAGGAUGAAGAAGGCAGGGAAGAUCGAGGAGCGACCGGAGACGUACGACUCGCUGCUGUCCAAACUGGCAGCGGUGGAGAAGGAGGUGGCAGAGACGCAGAAAAAGCUGAGUGGAUCUGGGAAAGACUCCUCCCGGUCCUCCGCCGACGACCCUCUGGAUGCCUUCAUGACGGCAGUGAGAAGCGAGACAGCGAUGGACGCCGUGGAGCGCAAGAAGCUCCAUCUGCACGUCGCAGAUCUCCGCAAAGACGCGCAGCGGCUCAGAAAACUGGUGGAGCUGACGCGACCAGCUGAGUUGCCUUCCCUCCUGCCGAGUGGAAGUGGCGAGUCGGAGAAACCCAAAAAAACUCUCCCGCUGUUCGGAGCCAUGAAGGGAGGAAGUAAAUUCAAACUCAAGACCGGGACUAUCGGGAAACUUCCUCCAAAGCGACCAAACCUGCCUGCGGAGCUGUUCAACAUGAAAGAGCUUCCACCUGGAGGAGAGGAGGAGGAGGAAGAAGAAGAAGAAGAAGAGGAGGAGGAAGAUGAGAAGAUGGAGGCUGAGAAGAAGGAAGAAAGUCCAGAGGUCUGUGAGGAGUCAAAUAUGGAUCCAGAAGACUCCAGUAUGUCAAUAUCUAACACUGCUCAGGAGACAGAAGCGAGUCCACCUUCUGUCAGAAAAGAGCCGAGCCCCCCGAAAAGUAAACACAAGUCGGAGGUUUGUUCUGAGCGCAGUGAUGCGGCACCAGCUCCGUCCAGCACCGGAACUAAGGGGGAGGCCCACAGUAAAACCACUACGAAGACAAAAGGCCAGAGCAGACCGCCCGCGCUGCUCUCCAAACAGUAUCCAGACGAUGACCCAGAUUAUUGUGUGUGGGUGCCCCCUGCUGGUCAGAGCGGAGACGGACGGACGCACCUGAACGACAAAUUCGGCUACUGAGGAAACAACUGGUCAAUUCCUGCAGACAGAAGAGGAAUUACGACAUGAUGAUCUCGUGGGAAAUCGCACCCACAACCCUCUGGGCACUUUCUGCGAACAACCCAAGCCCCGAAAACAUCAGCCGGACUGAUCCGGGUCCAGCUCUGGCCCCUCUUCUGUCACGAGCUGAAACCAUAGAUCCAGUCUCAUCGCUGGCAUCACCUUUUAUUUAUUUAGGGUUUUUUUUCUUCCCCUAAAAAGGAGCGAGCGAAGGAGGGAGGGGGAGUGAGAGCAGAUUGAAGCAGCUUUUCGGACCAUCUGGACACUUGGAUGAAACACAAGCUGAUAAUGACCAGAGCUGGAGCGGCGGUCAGCGUCACAGGCUCUCUGUUUAACAGGAUCACGCCACAUCACUCGCAAACUUCCUUCUCCAACGUUUUAGAUAAAGUAUUUUGAUAUGAAACGGAAUAAAAAUGUCUGUAAACCCACAGUCUGUUCCUCAUUGAACCCUCUUUUACAUAACUGCAGUGAACUCAUCCGAUUUGUUGUGUGGUAAGUUCAGCAGACUGCUUUUCUUAAUUUAUAUUUCCACUCUUUUCUUCACAAACAGAACAAGUAUA